UGAAUACGGGCCGCCCGGUAAUGCGAGUCCUCUUCCACCGUCGGAUUAGAGCCGAGGGAGCACGCAAAGACUCGAUUAUCGAGCGAUAAAACGCCAUAAAACACACCACGCCAACAUGAGCGGACUGCAGUGCCUCGCCUCCGAGAACAUCUGGUUCGACAAGCACCGCUACGACGAGGCGGAGAGACGCUUCUACGAGGGCGCCAAUGGCCCCGCCCCCCAGCACCAGUCGUCCUCACAUGGAGGAGAUCAGGAGCUGGUGUCCCGCAUGAAGACCCUGGAGCUGGAGAACCAAACCCUACACAAAGUGGUGCAGGACAUGAGGGCGGCGCUGCAGAAGCUGGAGUCCAGAGUGGCCUUCCUGGAGAAAUCUCCCUCAGCAGCAGCCGUCCCCUCUUCUAAGGCUGCUCCGACCCAGCAGGUGAGGGUGGAGAACGGCGACGACGACGAGGAUGACGACGAUGACAUGGACCUGUUCGGCAGUGACGAGGACGACGAAGAGACGGCGCGCCUCAAGCAGGAGCGUGUGGACGCGUACGCAGCCAAGAAGGCCAAGAAGCCCGCCCUCAUCGCCAAGUCGUCGAUCCUGCUGGACGUUAAGCCCUGGGACGACGAGACGGACAUGGCCAAGCUGGAGGAGUGCGUGCGCUCGGUGCAGGUGGACGGGCUCCUGUGGGGGGCGUCCAAGCUGCUGCCCGUCGGCUACGGCAUCAAGAAGCUGCAGAUCAACUGCGUGGUGGAGGACGACAAAGUGGGCACAGACCUCCUGGAGGAGGAGAUCACCAAGUUUGAGGACUACGUCCAGAGCGUGGACGUCGCCGCCUUCAAUAAGAUCUGAGCUCCGUCUUCUCCACCUGCUCCACCAAAGCGUUGCUGCUGCUCGCGGCUCACACGGUUAAUAAAAAGCAAAGUUUUGAGCACAAAAAUCCGCCUGGCCUUGAUUCCUCCUGCGGUU